GUGUGUGUCUGACACCCCCCAACCGUCGCCGCCUCCGCCGCCGCCCCUUCGGUAUGAGGGACUGGAGGUCGGUCGCCGCCGCCGCGUACUCUUUAACCAGAGAUUUGCAAGUGAAAUCUUAAAGAAUCAGCGGGUUUCUUCACAGAACUUUGGAUAAGAUGUCGCCUCUGGUUGAAAGAACUGAAUGUAACUCUGCAAGGUCUCAGUCUUAGACGACGUUUGAUUUUUAAAAGCUCUUUAAAAUCAAACAUACACCAUUGAUUUCCCAUCCUGCAUUUCUCCCCGUAUUCAUGGUAUAUGGAGUCUUGCCCUCAUUUGAAAAAUGAUAACUAUGACGCCUAAAGCAAUGCUUUACUCAUCAGAACGAUGCCACCUGCUGUCCACAUCUGAGUAAAGCAGCAGUAAAAACAGGGUAGCCGACACUGACCAUACAUGCUGUGCAGAGGAAUAGCACGUACAAAAUAUACAUAUGCAUCCCACACAUGACAAACUCGCCCUCGUUGAUUGUGAUGGUGGGUCUCCCAGCCAGAGGGAAAACCUACAUAUCAAAGAAGCUCACCCGUUAUUUCAACUGGAUUGGCGUGCCUACCAAAGCUUUUAAUGUUGGGCAGUAUCGUCGUGACCUGGUGAAGACCUACAAGUCCUUUGAAUUUUUCCUCCCUGACAAUCAAGAAGGUUUGAAGAUCCGAAGACAAUGUGCAUCAUUGGCACUGAACGACGUAAAGAAAUAUCUCAAUGAGGAAGGUGGUCAAGUAGCCGUCUUUGAUGCCACAAACACUACACGUGAAAGGAGGGAAUACAUUAUCAACUUUGCAGAACAGAAUGGAUAUAAGGUGUUCUUUGUAGAAUCUGUGUGUGAAGAUCCAGAAGUCAUCGAGACAAACAUUGUGCAAGUGAAGCUCAGCAGUCCUGACUACAGCGACUGUAACAAUGAUGAAGCUAUAUCUGACUUCCUGAAAAGGAUAGAGUGCUACCAAAAUACAUAUGAACCAUUGGAUGAAGUCUUCGACAAAGACCUUUCCUUUAUUAAAAUCAUGGAUGUUGGAAGACGCUAUCUUGUGAAUCAUGUGCUGGAUCAUAUUCAAAGCAAAAUUGUUUACUACCUCAUGAACAUCCAUAUCACUCCACGUUCCAUCUACCUCUGUCGCCACGGUGAGAGUGACCUGAACCUGAAGGGCAGGAUAGGUGGCGACUCAGGGUUAUCUCUUCGGGGCAAACAGUUUGCCAAAUCAUUAGGAAAAUUCAUUCAGGAACAGAACAUAAGGGACUUAAAGGUCUGGACCAGUCAGAUGAAAAGGACAAUCCAGACUGCUGAGGCUUUGGGUGUGCCUUAUGAGCAGUGGAAAGCAUUAAAUGAAAUAGAUGCUGGUGUCUGUGAAGAAAUGAUGUACGAGGAAAUUCAGGAACACUAUCCAUCAGAAUUUGCACUAAGAGAUCAAGAUAAAUACAGAUAUCGAUAUCCGAAAGGAGAGUCAUACGAAGAUCUGGUUCAGCGACUGGAGCCAGUUAUCAUGGAGCUAGAGAGGCAAGAGAACGUUUUAGUCAUCUGUCAUCAGGCUGUUAUGCGCUGUCUCCUGGCCUACUUCCUUGACAAAACUGCAGAGGAACUGCCAUACCUGAAGUGCCCCCUCCACACUGUGUUGAAACUAACUCCAGUGGCAUAUGGCUGCAAAGUCGAAUCCAUUUUCCUCAAUGUUGAAGCUGUUAACACACACCGGGAAAAGCCUGAGAAUGUAGACAUUUCAAGACCACCCGAGGAAGCACUUGUAACAGUCCCAGCUCACCAAUGAGACCUGCUGCCUGCUCUGCUGCCAGUUAGACUAACCCUAGGGUGACUGACCUCCCUUACCAUUUUUAACCUCGUGCCACAACUCGGGUUUUUAAACCCUAAAAUAAUCCUGGAACUGAGGGUCUGUCUUCUUUCUGUUUUUAUCAAUGUACGUAAAAUUUUGAUGCUUAGGUAAACAAACGACUUUGGUACAGUACAAUGCAACCGUGAUUUUUAAUUGUCUCCAAGAGAUGGGUAAACUAUGGGUAAAAAUGACACCGCACAAAUCUCUGUAUACACUGAGCCGUAACUACUGUAUGCACCUUCAAUGCCUGAUGUAAAUGUAUUUUUUAACCAUUUGUAACGUGUGCAUCUUCUACACGAAUACAAAGCUGUAAUAAUUGUUUACUUCUGUCGUUGUACCUACUUGUAAGCGUCAUUCGAAAGGGAGGAGGUCAAUUGAUGUGUGUAUUAAAGAACAGAACUGAGGAUAUGUGAAGGGAGGAAGGCAGACAGUGUUUUCAAACUGUUUACAUUUUGUAGCUCUUCUUCUGCAUGUCCGUGUGACUUGUUCAAGCCCAGGUGUAGAUGUACGUAACAUAGGGGGAAAUCGUCUUGUGCACAAAAUGGAAUGUAUUGAUGUAAAAUAAUACAUUUUACCUAACACUAAUUUUAUCGGAAAGUAUAGUAAACUCGAUCUAGUCUUUGUCAAGUACCCCUACCUGUUCAUUCACAUUCAAACCACCUUUUCAGUGACAAAAUCAGACUCUUCUUUAAAACUUCAUUAACUUAAAUUAAAAUGAUCAUUUAGGUGUAAAGAGAUUCACAGCAGUUAAUUAAGGCAGAACUAUGUACUUUUAAAUAUAAUUGGCUGCAAAAACCUCACUAAUUCAAUCCCUUCUCUGCAGACCGAGGGUGUUGUGCACCCUCAUCAGUUUAUUCUGAUUACCAGUGUUAUUGUGGUAUGUUGCACUACCCUAAAUCAUUUUAAUUCUGUUAAUGCUGAGGGUUUGGACUGUCCCAAAUGUAUCAGGGUUGAAUAGAGAUUACAUUUACUGUAGUGUGAGGGAAUCUGGUUUGCACAUAAAUACUUGUGCAUUGAGAUUAAAGGUGAUUAUGAAGAAAUUUCUUGUUCCAUUUACCAUCAGUCAUUUAUUUUCUGUGCAGUUUGCAAUCCAUACCCAAUGUAUAUGUUGCAGGGUAUUACACAGCAGAUUUCUGAAGUUAAACUGUCUUAAAUGAGUCCACUUAAACCGUUCUUGCUGACUGUGCGUGAAUACUCUUUGCUUCUUAAUCUGUAAUUCAUGUCCUCUGAUUCUACAUGUCACACGGCACUUUUUAGAUUUUAGACAUUUUUAAUUUUCUAAUUUUUACUUGUGGAUCAUCGAGACUACUUUCAGCAGUUCUAUUUAGCACUUAUUGUACAUAUCUACAGCCUAUUUUAUCUCGAAUCCCUCAUUAGAGUAUGUCCUCGAUGAGUACACAAGUCCUGCUUAUAGUUAGUGGUGUUGAUGAUUGCAGAACCUUUAAAUACCUUCCAAGUCACUGAAUAUGCAAUCAUUAAAGGGAAUGUAUUUACCUACAGAAAGAUACACCCUUAAGGAAAUAUGUGCAUUCAUAUUAAUGUAACAAAUAAUUGGACUGGGAAUCGGUACCAUUGGUCUUGACUCUACAUUCAGUGAUAGCAUUGCGCUCUCAUCGAUCAGGUAUUUGUAGACUGGGUGAAAAAAAUCAGAAAAUGUUUAACAUUGAUCAGAGAUUGUUGUCUUUCCUCAUAGCUACCCCAUAGCCCAUUGCUCUGUUUUGUACUAAUUUGAUGGCAUGCUACUUGGGAUUUGCUCAAAGUUUAGGUUCCAGUUCACACAGACCAAUAAUUCUAUGUAUAAAAUACAUCAGGGAUCUGAGGGGCUCUUAUCAAUUCCGUUUGAUUUGUAGACAACAGGACUCAAGGUCCUGUUCCUCUGUGUCACAUAUUGUGUGAUUUAUGUGGAUUUGCACACAGUACAAUACUUUAGUUACCCAGAACUAAACCUAUCCAGAUUUAAAUUUUAGAUUAAAACCGCUCUUGUAUUUUGGGGGGAGGGUGGGGGGAGCCGAUAAAAUUGAUUUUCUGUAUUGAGACAUCCUGUUACAUACAUUGUGCUUCACACAUUUAAAAGGUUUCAAUAUGCAAUGCACGUUUUGUCUGUUGAGGUAUUAUAAGUUGAUUUGCUUCUCAUUAAAUGUUUGUCUUUAAACCA